AUGAAUAAUUUAACAAGGAAGGACUAUCAUUAUAUUAAUUUUUUUAAAAACAUAAAAUCUGCUUUCUUUUAUAAUGAAAGAUGUAUAUCAAUUUUUCAAAACCAAUGUAGCCAAGUGGACAAUAAGCAAAGGAAUUUUAUACACACAUCAGAAAAAUAUAUUAAAAGAAAUGAAAUAAUUAGGUUAAAAAAAAAAGAAAUACCAGGAUAUAUUUUAUCAAGGUUGGUACAUUCUGAUGCCACACAUGAUAACACUUCUGCAACGGAAAAAGAACAGGGCAAUGAAGAAGAAGUGAAAAAUACAGUGGAAAAUUCGGAUGAAAAUAAUUGCAAUCCCGAAGAUAUAUUGAAAAAUCAAUUAAAAGAGGACGAUGGAAAAGAUUGUGAUCUCUUUGCUGAUAAUAAAAUAGAGGAUGAUGCAGAUGAAAAUGAGGAAUAUGAAGACGAAGAUGAUAAAUAUUGCAAAUCAUUUUACGAAAUAUACGAUGAUAAUAAAGAUACGUAUGAUUGUCCUGCUGAACUUUUAAAGUUCAUAAAAAAGGAAAAUAUGGAUAUAAAACUAAAAAUAAAAUGUUCAAGUCCAAGAAAUGUUACAAAAUCUCAGAUAAAAAAUGUAAUAAAUAAUAUGUUUAUAGAAUCGGAAAAUGAAAAUUCGCUUGAUCAUUCAAAUGAUGAAAAAAAGAAAGAAGAAACCGAAUGUGAUAAUGAUAAUACCAACACAAACAAUAACCAAAAUGCCUCAGAUUACGAUUUUUAUUAUUUAAACUCAAACUAUAAAAACUUUAAUUACCCAGAUAGAAAUGUUUUGUGGCCCAAUCCUUUGGUAUAUAAUCAUCGAUUACAACCGUUUGUAUUAAAAAAGAAAAAAAAUGAGCAGGAUGAUAAUUUUGAAUAUGAUAAAAAAAAUAUCGAAAUAAAUAAAAGGAGACUUGAAAAUUUGUGGAGUUAUAGUUCAAGUUAUGGUAUAGACUGGAAUACCUUAGAUGAAUUAUAUUUAAAUUUUAAAAAUCAUAAAAUUAAUCAUUUAAAUGAAUGGGAAAAUAAUAAAAAUAAAAUAAUGUUAUAUGCAUCAAAGGUAGCCAAAAGAAAACUCAUAAAAAGUAGAAAAGAAUUAUUGGAUAAACUAAAUAUUGAUUAUUCUAACAAUAUAUAUAAAAACUACGAUGACACAAAUAAUGAUAUGCAAGACAUAAAUUUGGAUGAUGACCAAACCGAAUACAAUCUGCUAUUCCCCAGAUCCAUUUUUCGAAAAUGGACUCGAACGCUUUACUUUUAUUGGAAGGAUAGAUACAUGCAUUAUUAUAACAAUACCCUUUGUGAUUAUUUAAAAGGCGAGAUAGUUGAUAUGCAACUUCUUCGAGAACAUAAUGAGAGAAACUUAAAUUUGUCAAACAAAAAAAUGCUGAAUAAGCAUUCUUUCAGUUUAAAGCAAGUUAAAGGGUCAAAUUUAUACAUUCAAAGAUAUAUAAAGAAGAAACAAAUUAAGAUUGAAGAUAAUAAUGAUCAUUUCGAUUUAACUGGUGUGGGUGAAAAUAUAUAUAAUACGGUUGAGAAGAAAAACUAA